GAGCAGGGAGCAGGGAGCAGGGGGGGAUAAGGAUCACGGAAUUAUUGCACUUUCCAGCAUGGAUUAAACCAAAAUUCCAGAAUGAAAUACUGUAAUCUCCGCUAAGAUUAAAAAAAAGACUGCGCUUCAUUACAGAUGUGUAGCGAGAUACUAGCAAACCGAGCAGUGAUUCGUAUAAGUUGCUGCAUCUUUGCGAAGAAACACAUCCUUGUUAUUGACUACCGCAGCCUUCCUGGGAUUUCGAGCUGAAUUUUGGGAAAAUCGAACCUCUUGUUUGCUUAUAUUUUGGUAAGGCGAGGAACUGUGAUCUACAAUGGACAGGGUUAGAAAAGAGACCCCUUUAACACGAUUUGUUGUUAAAAACUUGAUUUAAUAUAAUUUGCGCUUUAAAAAAAUGGCUGCUGGACAGAGCUUAAAGAGAGUUGUAAAAUAAAUUACGUAUAAAUCCAAUACUUUUUUUUCACCUUGAUUGAUAAAGCGUUGCAAAGGUUAGACGUUGAAUUUCUUGCCUUUUGACUCAUCCUUGCUUGUUUACUAUAGAGCUGUGUGUUUUCAUAAACAGAAACAUCAGUCUAAUCGUGGGAGAGAGAACUAGUGAAGUAUAAAAUAGCUUUUCAUUUGUAAUUAAUUUUCUCUGAUCCUAGGAAUAAAAUAAAAGCUGUCAAAAGGCCUUCACUCUUGUGUUGCGGUGUCUUUUUUUAAAAGCAGGCCUCAUACCUUAUGAAACUCAAAUCUUAUUUGUAUUUGCUUGGAAAUGAAGAUUUGGAAUUACCUCAAGUACGAUUUACAAAAUGGCAUUGGGGAAUUGUAGACAAGUAGUUUUUCAUGCCAGAAAAGUCGCACUCGUUUUUUAAAGAAAUUCUGAUAGCUUGAAAAAAUAAAGUCGACAGAGCUAGCUUUUUCCAGAAAAAUAAAUAAAAAAAUAUAUCAAGCAUGGAUGCUGGGAAUAUGCUGAGAAGAGGACUACAGCUUUUCAAAAGGCAAACAUACCCGCAUUCUGGAUGGCUCGAUGUCAACAGAUAUUUAUUGCUUUAUGUUUUGUUAUAUCUGGUGCUUCAUGCCGAGGCGUCCCUCUCAAGGUCCUGCGAUAAGAAUUGCCAUUCUGGAAGAUGUUUCAACGGGACGUGCAUCUGUGAUCAGGGAUGGGUUGGAGAGCAGUGUCGGCAUUGCCAGGGCAGGUUUAAAUUAACUGAACCUUCUGGAUAUUUAACAGAUGGACCAAUACAUUAUAAAUAUAAAACAAAGUGCACCUGGUUAAUCGAGGGAUAUCCUAAUGCAGUAUUAAGGUUACGAUUUAACCACUUUGCUACCGAGUGUAGCUGGGACCAUAUGUAUGUAUAUGAUGGAGACUCUAUAUAUGCACCUUUAAUAGCAGUGUUUAGUGGUCUUAUAGUCCCAGAGGUGCGAGGGAACGAGACUGUACCGGAGGUAGUUACCACUUCUGGAUAUGCUUUGCUGCACUUUUUUAGUGACGCUGCUUACAAUUUAACAGGAUUCCACAUUUUUUACUCAAUGAAUUCCUGCCCCAACAAUUGCUCAGGCCAUGGGAAGUGUACGACAGGUAACUCGAUUGCCAGCAGGGUGUACUGUGAAUGUGACAAAUACUGGAAAGGGGAGGCAUGUGACAUUCCCUAUUGCAAAAACAACUGUGGCAGCCCGGGCCACGGAUAUUGUGACCUGACAGGGGAGAAGCUGUGUGUUUGCAAUGACAGCUGGCAAGGUCCGGAUUGCUCUCUAUCAGUCCCUUCUACAGAAUCGUACUGGGUGCUGCCAAAUGUGAAACCGUUCAGCCCGUCCGUCAGCCGUACUUCCCAUAAGACUGUUAUGCACGGGAAAUUCAUGUGGGUGAUCGGAGGCUACACGUUCAACUACAGCUCCUUCCAAAUGGUUUUAAAUUAUAAUGUUGAGAGCAGUAUAUGGAAUGUUGUACCAAUUAACAGUGGUCCUCUCCAGAGGUAUGGGCACUCUCUCGCUUUGUAUCAGGGUGACGUCUACAUGUAUGGAGGUAAAAUGGAAACCAAUAAUGGGAAUGUUACAGAUGAAUUGUGGGUAUUCAACAUCCCCAGCCAGACCUGGUCUGCAAAGUCUCCCACGGUGCUGGUGCACGGCCAGCAAUACGGCGUGGAGGGGCACUCUGCUCAUGUCAUUGAGCUGGACAGUGGAGAGGUUAUAAUGAUCCUCAUUUUUGGAUAUUCAGCUGUAUAUGGCUACAUCAGCAAUGUGCAGGAAUACAAUUUAAGGACUAACACAUGGUUAGUGCCAGAGACUAAAGGAGCCAUUGUCCAAGGUGGUUACGGCCACAGCAGUGUUUAUGAUAGAAUGACAAAAUGUGUUUACGUGCACGGAGGAUACAAAGCUCUCCCAGCAAAUAAGUACGGCUUGGUGGACGAUCUCUAUAGAUACGAAGUUCGAACCCGGACAUGGACAAUCUUGAAGGAAAGUGGGCUGGCGCGGUACCUCCAUUCGGCUGUCAUCAUCAGUGGUGUUGUGCUUGUCUUUGGAGGAAACACACAUAAUGAUACAGCUCUGAGCAACGGAGCGAAGUGCUUCUCAUCUGAUUUCAUAGCGUACGACAUUGCCUGUGAUGAAUGGAAAAUGUUGCCAAAACCCAAUUUGCACAGAGACUUCAACCGCUUUGGGCAUUCUGCGGUUAUCAGUAAUGGAUCCAUGUAUGUGUUUGGAGGUUUCUCCAGUGUGCUCUUGAAUGACGUCCUGGUUUACAAGCUGCCCAGCUGUGAGGCUUUCAGAGCAGAGGAGCCGUGCCUCGACGCGGGCUCAGGAAUCCGCUGUCUUUGGGAUGGAGAGCGCUGUGUGUCCUGGGAUCCCCGUCACACCAAUGGCACUUUCCCAAACAUUCAGUGCCCGCCAAAGAAAACGUCUGCGGAUGACAGGUGUUACAGAUACACUGACUGUGCCAGCUGUACGGCAAACACCAACGGCUGCCAGUGGUGUGAAGACAAAAAGUGCAUUUCAGCAUCCAGCAACUGCACUGUGUCUGUGAAGAAUUACUCAAAGUGCCAUGUGAGAAACGAACACAUCUGCACGAAGCUGACCAGCUGCAAGAGUUGCUCUUUAAACCUGAACUGCCAGUGGGAUCAGCGACAGCAGGAGUGCCAUGCGCUGCCUGCUCAUCUCUGUGGAGAGGGCUGGAACCAUGUUGGGGAUGCCUGUCUGCGGAUCAAUGCCAGCCGGGAGAGCUAUGACAACGCCAAACUGUACUGCUAUAAUCUCAGUGGCAACCUCGCCUCCCUAACCACUUCCAAAGAGGUGGAUUUUGUCCUUGAUGAACUGCACAAGUACACUGUACAGAAGAUCUCUCCUUGGGUUGGGCUGCGCAAGAUCAACAUCUCUUACUGGGGCUGGGAGGACAUGUCCCCGUUCACCAACACAACCGUGCAGUGGCAGCCUGGAGAGCCCAAUGACUCUGGGUUCUGUGCUUAUCUGGAGAAGGCCGAGGUGGCAGGUCUGAAAGCCAAUCCGUGCACUGCAAUGGCAGAUGGCUUAAUCUGUGAGAAGCCUGUCGUAAGUCCAAACCAGAAUGCCAGGCCCUGCAAGACACCAUGCUCCCUGAGAACAACCUGCUCCAACUGCACCAGCCAAGGCAUGGAGUGCAUGUGGUGUAGCAGCGCCAAGCGCUGUGUGGACUCCAACGCCUACGUCAUCUCCUUCCCAUACGGGCAGUGCCUGGAGUGGCAGACUGGAAACUGCCUGCCUCAAAACUGCUCAGGACUCCGUACCUGCAGCCAGUGUCUGGAGCAGCCAGGCUGCGGAUGGUGCAAUGACCCCAGCAACACCGGCAAAGGAAAGUGCAUUGAAGGCUCAUCAAGGGGACCAAUGAAGGGGAUUGGAAAGCAGAGCCAAGACCUGGUGCUUGAUCAGAGCCUGUGCCUCAAGGACAAAAGCUUUGAAUGGGAUUUUAUUCAUUGUCCAGCGUGCCAGUGCAACGGACACAGCACAUGUGUGAACAGCAGCGUUUGUGAACAGUGCAGAAACCUGACCACAGGAAAGCAGUGCGAGGCCUGCAUGGCUGGAUACUAUGGGGACCCUACGAACGGAGGGAAAUGCCAGGGAUGUAAAUGCAAUGGACAUGCAAAUAGUUGCCAUUCGCAGUCAGGAAAAUGCUUCUGCACUACCAAAGGAAUCAAAGGAGACCAAUGUCAACUGUGUGACUCAGAAAACAGGUAUCUGGGCAAUCCGCUGAGGGGAACAUGCUACUAUAGCCUUCUGAUUGACUAUCAGUUCACCUUCAGCCUCCUCCAGGACGAUGACAAACACUACACUGCUAUCAACUUCAUGGCUAAUCCAGAGCAGCCCAACAAGAAUCUUGACAUGUCUAUUAAUGCAUCAAACAAUUUCAACCUGAAUAUUACGUGGUCAGUUGGUUCAACAGCUGGGACCAUCUCAGGAGAGGAAAUCCCAAUUGUCUCCAGGUCUAACAUAAAGGACUACAGAGACAGUUUCUCCUGUGAGAAAUUCAGCUUCCGAAACAACCUCAACAUCACCUUCUACGUGUACGUCAGCAAUUUCUCAUGGCCAAUAAAAAUACAGAUUGCGUUCUCUCAGCACAACAGCAUAAUGGACCUGGUGCAGUUCUUUGUAACAUUCUUUAGCUGCUUCUUGUCCCUGCUUCUGGUCGCUGCUGUGGUUUGGAAGGUAAAACAGACCUGCUGGGCCUCGAGACGCAGAGAGCAGCUCAUGAGGGAGAGGCAGCAGAUGGCCAGCCGCCCCUUUGCUUCUGUGGACGUGGCACUGGAAGCAGCAGGAGGAGAGCAAACUGAUCCUCUGCGAGGGCCACUAGAGGGAGCCCUGAAGCCGGUUGCUGUAGAGCCCUGCUCCGGAAGCAAGGCAGCAGUGCUGACCGUGUUCAUGUGUCUCCCAAGAGGCUCAUCGGAGGCACCUCCUCCUGGCCAGUCCGGUCUGGCUAUUGCCAGCGCCCUCAUUGACAUCUCACAGCAGAAACCCAUGGACUGCAAAGAGAAGAGCUCGGGAGUACGGAAUCGAAAGCAGCCCCCUCCAACACAUCAAGGGACUUGUGUCUGAACAAGAGGGGGAAGUGCACCUGUGCAGUCUGGAGCUGGCUUUCUCUUUACAUGGCUUUGGACAGCAGUGGUGGUCAAUAACGAAACUGUAUCACUUAUUGUGCCCUGUUACUCUCCAUGCAUACAGUCAGUAGUGCUUAUGAAACAGUGACCCCUUCUGAAGAGCGCUGGUUUGGAGAGGCUUGCUUGAAGAGUAUCUGUUAGGAAACAAGGACACAUCAUCCCAGACCUUCCACUUGUUCUGAUGAAAGGCAACAAUUGCGAGAGAGAUUUAGUGAUUAAAAAGGUUGUCUGUAGGUUGAAUUUGAAAACCAAAACAGGCUUUAGUGGAGACAAUAGCUUGUAAAAUGGGUCUUUUCCACAUAUCAUCUUUUUGAAUAUUAUUGUUGUUGUUUUUGUUGUUGUUGUUGUUUGUUUUAUUAUUAUUUUAUUAUUAUUAUUAUUAUUAUUAUAUUAUUAUUAUUAUUAUACAUUUUUAAACAACAUUAAUGUAAUUUCCAGAAUGGUUGUACACGUGGGAAGCCCCAUCAGUGACUCCUAGUACCGGCUCGGUCCACCUCGACCACAGUCCCUACACCUUCCACAGCGUUCAGAACUGCAAAGAGCUUCUUAUUAAAACUGGUCCACCUCGACCACAGUCCCUACACCUUCCACAGCGUUCAGAACUGCAAAGAGCUUCUUAUUAAAACUGGUCCACCUCGACCACAGUCCCUACACCUUCCACAGCGUUCAGAACUGCAAAGAGCUUCUUAUUAAAACUGAUCCAUCUCAGAACCACAGUCCCUACACCUUCCACAGCGUUCAGAACUGCAAAGAGCUUCUUAUUAAAACUGAUCCAUCUCGACCACAGUCCCUACACCUUCCACAGCGUUCAGAACUGCAAAGAGCUUCUUAUUAAAACUGAUCCAUCUCGACCACAGUCCCUACACCUUCCACAGCGUUCAGAACUGCAAAGAGCUUCUUAUUAAAACUGAUCCACCUCGACCACAGUCCCUACACCUUCCACAGCGUUCAGAACUGCAAAGAGCUUCUUAUUAAAACUGAUCCACCUCGACCACAGUCCCUACACCUUCCACAGCGUUCAGAACUGCAAAGAGCUUCUUAUUAAAACUGAUCCACCUCGACCACAGUCCCUACACCUUCCACAGCGUUCAGAACUGCAAAGAGCUUCUUAUUAAAACUGAUCCAUCUCGACCACAGUCCCUACACCUUCCACAGCGUUCAGAACUGCAAAGAGCUUCUUAUUAAAACUGAUCCAUCUCGACCACAGUCCCUACACCUUCCACAGCGUUCAGAACUGCAAAGAGCUUCUUAUUAAAACUGAUCCACCUCGACCACAGUCCCUACACCUUCCACAGCGUUCAGAACUGCAAAGAGCUUCUUAUUAAAACUGAUCCAUCUCGACCACAGUCCCUACACCUUCCACAGCGUUCAGAACUGCAAAGAGCUUCUUAUUAAAACUGAUCCACCUCGACCACAGUCCCUACACCUUCCACAACGUUCAGAACUGCAAAGAGCUUCUUAUUAAAACUGGUCCAUCUCGACCACAGUCCCUACACCUUCCACAGCGUUCAGAACUGCAAAGAGCUUCUUAUUAAAACUGAUCCAUCUCGACCACAGUCCCUACACCUUCCACAGCGUUCAGAACUGCAAAGAGCUUCUUAUUAAAACUGAUCCACCUCGACCACAGUCCCUACACCUUCCACAGCGUUCAGAACUGCAAAGAGCUUCUUAUUAAAACUGAUCCACCUCGACCACAGUCCCUACACCUUCCACAGCGUUCAGAACUGCAAAGAGCUUCUUAUUAAAACUGGUCCACCUCGACCACAGUCCCUACACCUUCCACAGCAUUCAGAACUGCAAAGAGCUUCUUAUUAAAACUGGUCCACCUCGACCACAGUCCCUACACCUUCCACAGCGUUCAGAACUGCAAAGUGCCUCUACCCUCAGUGAUGGAGCAGCAAAAACACCGCAUCAGGAGCAGAAAGGCUGCUCUCUGGUUUUGUACCAUGUGUUUCAUUCAUUAUGUUUUCACACCAUUAACUGCAUUUGCAAAAUGUGGCAACAAAAUACUGUUUAAAAAGAUCUAGCAGCUACUGGAUGUCAUGGGCUGCAUCGUGCUAAUGGCAGGGACACUGGUUUAGUUGCUAUGAGAGAGUAAUGGGUAUUGCAAGUAUGCCUUGAGCAUGAGAAUAUGGUGUUUUGGGUAUGAAGUGAAGGAUAUUUAAGAAAUACCUGAUGUCUACUACUUAUUAUUUUCGUUCCUUUUUUUUUUUUUUAUUAAUUCAGGAAGGUAAUGGUCCAAUCUUCAGUGGAGUUACAUGCAUGCCACAGUGGUGUGAUUAGGUAACUGUAGUAUAAAACUAAUGUGUCCAUGAUUUUUUAUUGAAUGAAAAAAAGGCCAUUCUGAAUCUGAAGUAGAUAUCAUAAUAUAUUAAGUAAGUGUUUUUUUAGGGCUGGUAUCCAUAAUCCAAAAUAAAUCCUGCUUUCUUUAACA